AUGGCCGUCUACCCUCUCCAGACCACGACCUUGCCUCCCAGUUCUUUGGGGGGCACUGAGGCUAAGUUUGGGGGUGCCAACUCGAGCUCGAUCGAGUUGGGUGUAAAAACCAGAAAAGUGGUCUUUUGGAGCAUUCUGGAGCAUAUGGGACGUGAGGAGCAUGGAAGGACUUGGCAUGGACGCAGCUCAACUGGAUACGCAAAGGAAGAAGGAGGAAGCCAUCUUGAAGACCAGCUCGACCAUCUACUCGACCAACCGGUCGAGUUCCUCAACUCGACCGGCCAAGCUUCAACUCGAUCGAGCUGA